AUCGGUUGUAUCUGAUCAAAGCAAACACGGUCUGGAUACUUCGUUUAGAUUAUGCAAUCCAUGGGCGAGUAUGAAUGCACACUAACUGUGACAUGGAAUUGUUGAAAGUCUGCGUCGUAUUUUCACUACUGGUGGGUUUGGCAAUGUCUAGGGGAGGCAGGGCUAAGACAGAUGUUCCUGUGGUCACUGCAGUCUUUGGCCAGGGUGUGGUGAUACCCUGCUCCACCCGGGAUCCCCCCACACGCAUCAGCGGGUCCCGAAUCUACUGGCAGGGGAGCAACCCAAGGCGAAGCAAAAACCCUAAAAAAGAUUCAGAAGUGAUGCUGGUGUACAACGGAGGGAAGGUGGAGGACCACCUACAGACACCUUUGUACAGAAACAGAACCAGCCUUUUCCCUGACCGGUUGCGCCAUGGAAAUUUUUCACUUAAGAUUGAUCCGGUGAAAACUGAGGACAACCAAACGAGAGUAGUCGUACAAUAUGAAAAGCGUCCUUCAUCAUUUGAGCCCAUCUGCCAGGCAGCUAUACGCGUCACUGCAAGAUACCAGAAACCAGCAGUUAACCUCUCGUGCACCCAGCGGGCGGGGCUUGUGGAGGUGACAUGUGACACUCAGGGUGGCUUCCCCGAGCCCAUCGUCAACUGGAGCCUCCAAAACCACACUCUGCUCCACUCACAAGAAGUGGAACGCACCGUGAAGCCCGACCCGCGCAAUGGGACCUUCAUAGUGCACCUGACUGUGCUGCUGAACGCCUCAGAGGGUCAGACCUUCACCUGCUUCGUUACUAACCCCGCCCUGCAAGAGACGCUUAACACAUCUGUCACCAUCCAGGGCUGUGAGGGAAAUGUUUCUGACCCUGACCCCAUGACAACAAACUGGAUAGUUGUUGUGGCUGUGCUUGUCUUGGUGGCUGUUUCAGUCGCAGCUUUCAUCACUAUAGGACGGCGAUAUUUGUUUACUGGCUGUCAGAAUCAAGCACCAGGUGACAGUUCAGUUUCAGGAACUAACCCAGAGACACAGGAAUUACAGGUUUGAGACAACACUGACAGGAAGUUCAAAGCUGUGAGCUAAAGAUUCUAAAUGAAUCCUUAUCUAUCUGUGCCCCUCUGUGGGGGAGGCCAAAGAACCUGAACCUGAAAGCACUUUUUUGGACUGCCCACUGAUGUGGAGGACUAAUACUGAGACUGGGCAAAAUUCCCUCUUCGGACUGUAACUGUGCAAAAUUGGAGGAUAUUUAAAGCCCUUAAUAAACCGAACACUAAGAUGUGUCUGUUCUCUCAGAAAAUGGGAGUGCUUUGUCAGACCUGGUUUUCAGCUACCCAAAUGAGCAUGCUUCUACUAAAGAGAUGGUUUUGUUUUACAAAGAAAAGGCAUGUUUUACAUCAGCAGUAAUAAAUGGGGAAACUGUUAAUCGGGUAACAAGUUUUAAGUACUCUGGGUCAAUUUUUGACAAUUAUCUAUGUUUUGAUAAGAGUCGAGAUUUUAUAUACAAGAAGUGUCUGCAGUGGCUAUACCUGUGAUUUUGAGGUUAGUCGAAAUAUUGUAGAGAUGGCAUGCAAGAGCCAACCUGAAAGUGUCUUGUGCUACAGUAAAACUGUUUAGUUUGGUUAUCUCAGUAAUAAGAGUAAAGGUAAGCUUGUGAGAGUGGUGAGUAUAGGUAGUAAGCUUGUGGGGAAAACUCACAAAUUUGUAUUUGGAUCGCAUCCAGAGAAAACAGCACAGUUUGUGUACCUUCACUCAGAUAGGCACUAUAGUAUGUCAAGAACCACUAAGAAUCUCUAUAAGAGGUCUUUUAUUUUGAAUGCAGGUGGCAUUCUGAAUUCCUAAACUUGGAAUACAAUGUACUGUAUGGUUGCAUAUUUGCAAAUCUUGUUGGGCAGCUCUUUAUAAAUGGGCUAUGUGUUUUAUGUUUGUAGUGUGCUUUAAUGUGUUUUAUGUGCCAUGUGUGUGGACAUUAAAGUUUCUGUAUUCUACUACAAUACCUUUCAAGCUGGUCCAGGCAUUACUAAUAUGGUGAAGGAUCUGACAAUUCAGCCUUCAAUGUGUGAGCGUUCUUUUCCUCACGAGUGAGCAGUUUUGGUUCAGCGCUAUUUUGGGGGCCCGUAAGUGAGACUGUGGUUUUUAAACACGAACAGAGGAGGGAGGACAGACACACUGAACUUCCUGAUUUCUGAGGCAGGCUUGUGUUGUGAGAUAUAUAAGGGGUCAGUCUGCUUUCUCAGUUCCCUAGGAUGUCUACUUGGUGAAUUUCUGACAUCCAGUGUAGGGGAGGUAACACAUAGAAAGAAAAAGGAAAAAGACAUGAUUUGACUUUGAUGGGUUUCUCCGAUGUCUCUUAGCUCAUUGUGAAACCAUGCUCAGAUUAGUCCUGUGGUCAAAGAUAAAUGUUACUCUUAAGUCAUAUGGUCAAUGUAAGAGACUGAAGUGAGUCCUUUAUUAGUUUUUUGCCGUUUUUAUAUACCACCCUUCCAUCCAUGUUGAUUUUACUUCUUAUCCUCUAUUUCAUAUAUAUUGCUGUUUUUUGUGUCUCAUUCUGCUUAUGCCAUAUGUUUUUACUUUUUGCUUACUGUGAAGCACUUUGAGCUGCCCUGUGUAUGUAUAUGUAUUUGUAUUUAUUUGCACUAUACAAAUACAGUUUGAGUCCUAUGGUCAAUGUGAGAGACUGAACAGAUCAGUCCUAUGGUCUGUAAGAAACUGAACUCAGGUCAGAUCAGUCCUAUGGUCUGUAAGAAACUGAACUUAGAUCAGUCCUAUGGGUUUGUGAGAGACUGAACUCAGACCAGGCCUAUAGUCAGUGUUAGACUACUCAGAAUGGUUCUAUGGUCACUGUGAGUCUGGAAAUGAAAGCCGUGAUGUUCCUCUGGAUUAGAAAUGAACAAAUGCGUCUUAUAAAGUUCUCUUAAUUUCUGUUAAACGUGUUUUAAAGUUCUUCUUGAUUAUUUGCACACUGAUGCUAUGAACACAGCAUUUUAAAAUUCAUGUACAAAAAUAAAGACGUUUCUUCAAAAGAU